GAGUAAUGCACCGUGAUAUAAAGCCAGCCAACGUGUUCAUCACAGCCACAGGUGAGGUGAAGCUGGGUGACCUGGGAUUAGGACGCUUCUUCAGCUCCAAAACCACGGCGGCACACUCCUUAGUGGGGACUCCUUACUACAUGUCGCCGGAGAGGAUCCACGAGAACGGAUACAAUUUGAAGUCUGAUAUCUGGUCUCUGGGAUGUCUUCUGUAUGAGAUGGCAGCGCUGCAGAGUCCGUUUUAUGGGGACAAGAUGAACCUGCUCUCCCUCUGCCAGAAGAUCGAGAAGUGUGAUUACCCCCCCCUCCCUCCGGACCAUCACUCUGAGAAGCUGAGGGAGCUGGUCAGCAUGUGCAUCAACCCGGAGCCAGACCAGCGGCCGGACAUCGUCUUCGUGCUGCAGAUCGCCAAACAGAUGCACGUUUGGACCUCCAGCACCUGAGCCCCCCCCCCCCUCCUUCUUCUCAAUCUGAGGACUGUCUCAUGUGCACAGGAGCACCAUGGCAGCUUCACCCCCUCUCCUCUCCUGUCAUGGAGGAUGUGAAGAGCCCAGUAGUGGUGCAGCACUCGUUCAAAGUGGACUUUUCUGAAAGCAAAGGAGACUUUUCUGCAGCUCAGGAUGAAGAGCUGUCUCACUCUGAUCAGAUUUCUUCGAGGGUGCAUUCCAUACAGACGGGGACUUUGAGUAUUGAUCAUCUGUCGUUGUAAUCUAUUUUAUAUUGUCAAUUGAAGUACAUUCUGUAGGGGUCAAAUGAGCCAUCGGUAACUGUGUAUUAGCCAUUACUGAGUCACAUUUGUGAUUUGUCUUCACAUUUGUCGUUUACAUGCAGUGUGUAUUAGCCCAGUGUGACUGCUUCCUUAUUAUAUCACUUCUCUGGGCCUGGUCUUGUUCAAAUAUAUUUUAUUUAUUUUCAUGAAAA